AUGUUGAAGGACGCUAGGUACCUAAACAAGGACAUGAAGGUGCAGAAGGCGCAGAAGUCAAAACGAGUAAAUUGCACAGCCAAAGUGGCACUGUUGCUGGAGCUUAACGGCGCAGCCUUGGAGAACACCCAGCAGAUAAGGGAUAACAUAAGCGAAGCCUUGCAAGGGAAGGUGGAGGCGAGAGCACUCACCCAACAGACGAGGCUGGAAGUGUCGGAUCUGGAUGAGAUGGCCACUGUAGAAGAUCUCCAACACGCCUUUAAAGAUCAAAUCCGAGUCACGCUUGAUGAGGCAGACAUAAAAAACCUGCGUCCAGCGUUUGGUGGCACGCAGCGCGCCAUUAUCAGCCUCACGGCAAUCAGGGCUACAAAGGUCCUUUCCGUGGGAAAGAUCAAAGUUGCCUGCCUGAGUCACCAAAGUUUCGAAGCAGCAAUAGAUGAUCUAGUUGACGAUGCCAGGGACCACAAGCCUGCUAUAAUAGCAGGUGAUUUCAACGCGUGGGCUCAGAAGUGGGGUAGCGACAUCUCAAAAACCAGCAGUUCGGAUGCCAUAGCAAAGGGACAGGCCCUUCUGGAGGCCUUCGCGACGCUGGACGUUGUAUUGCUGAAUCAGGGCUCAGCAAACACGUUCAAUCGGGGAGGUGCAGGAUCGGUCAUCGAUCUCAUCUUCGUCACGAGCUCUCUCUCCCCUCAGGCCAAAUGGUGUUUGGGAAACCAUUACACUGCCAGCGACCAUGAGGCACUGGUGUUCUCGAUAGGCGGCGGAUCUGGAAGAACCCAGAACCAGACCGAGCAGAGGCUAGCAUACAAAGGAAACACACUUCGCGUUCCGGUGUUUUUGGAGGCGAUGAGCGGAGUUUCGGUAGAAGGCUCAGCGCAGCAGAUGGCCAACCAGCUGUCAGAACAGCUUCUGCUCGCAUGCGACGCCAGCAUGACUCGAAGGAAGAAGUUCGGUGGCAAGCAGUCGCCGGCCUAUUGGUGGAGUGACGAGAUAGCGGAGGCGAGGCGCACCUGCCUGUCUGACAGAAGGAGCUACCAGAGAGCACGCAGACGCAGUGACAGCGAUUGGCCGGGACUUCACCAAGCACCGAGCAUGACCCAUGGGGAAAAGCAUACAAGAUGGGCUAUCAUCGAGGCGCUGUUCGCUACCUGCGCAACCAACCGCGCUCCAGGAGUCCACGAGAUCCAGCCACCACACGAUGUGAAGCCAGUAGCGACCGAGGAGCUUUUAUCCGCAUCGCGAAAGAUGAAGCCGAACAAGGCUCCUGGCCCGGAUGGAAUCCCCAACAGGGCGGUAAAGCUGGCCAUAUCGCUCAAGCCGGACGAGUUCGCUUGCGCAUACACGCAGUGUCUCCGCGAAGGUAUCCUCCCAAGACAGUGGAAGACCCAGCACCUGACGCUGGAGCAAAUUAUCUGCUCAAGGCUGAAGAGGGCGCUGGAAGAGUCCGGAGCGCUUUCGGAAAACCAGUUCGGCUUCCGAAAAGGCUUUUCGACGGUGGACACCAUAGGCAGGGUGGUCCGUAUCGCAUCCGAGGCCGUAGAAGGAACUCGCUGGAAGGGUGGCAAGAAGGAAUAUUGCCUAAUAGUCACCCUAGACAUCAAGAACGCCUUCAACUCGGUGAAGAGUCCCCCAAGGGUCGGUGACGGGCCCACUAUUGUGGAACAUAGUCUACGACGGAGUGAUGCGGCUUACAUUGCCGACUGGAUGCCAGCUGACGACGUGGCACUCUCAGUGGUGGCCAAACACCUGCAUGCGGCAGAAGAAGCUUGCAACACGGCCAUACGGCUGUUAGCGGAUUGGCUUCUGUCUGCCGGGCUGGAGUUAGCGGCUCCCAAGACAGAGGCAGUCCUAGUCAGCAGCCGAUCGAUUGUGGAGACAGCGCACGUCCGAAUUGGAGACCAGACGAUAGCGUCAAAGAGAGCCAUCCGCUACCUUGGGGUGAUGAUGGACACCAGGCUCUGCUUCCGGGAGCACCUAAGCUAUGUGCAGGAGAAAGCGGCUAACACGAGUCGAGCCCUUUUUCGACUGCUUCUAAACACCCGCGGACCGAAGCAGGAGAGAAGGCUGCUGCUGACAAGCGUUGUCCGUUCUGCCAUCACAUACGCUGCAGCAGUGUGGGCGGACGGCGUUAAAGUCGCCAGCUACGCCAGGGGCAUUAAGUCCAUCCACCGGCUCUGCGCGAUCCGGAUCUGUUGUGGGUUUCGGACCAUCUCGGAUGACGCAGCGCUUGUCAUUGCAGGAUUAUUCCCCAUCGACAUCCAAAUCAUCGAGGAGAGGAACGUGGCAUUGGCUACCCGUGCAGGCGUCGACCGAAAGGCGGCGCGAGAGCAGGCUAGAGAAGAGAGCAUCAGAGCCUGGCAAAGCCGCUGGAACAACGCUGAAAAAGGCCGUUAG